AUGACAGCGGAGAAGAACUACCAAACUGACAUUCGGCAACAAGACACUCGUGAAAACGCAGUCAGGCAGGAGGAGUUGCAUAAAAAAUCCGUCCCCUCGCCUCUCCUGUUUGAGACGAGUUGGGCGCACAAAGGGCAGGAGGUAGUCAUUGAUGGCGCGUUUCUUCUUUAUGGUAUCCUGUGGGCAUUGAGGGAAGGACUGUCAACACCUCUAGCACAGUGUUGCACACGUGAAGCUCAGCUUUGGGACCACAUUGUCGUCGAAGGAGGAAGAGCAGCCAAGGAGAGAACCGAGGAGGAGAAGAAGCGUGAGUUGGCGAAGAGGCGUGUGAGGGAGAAGGAGGAGCGGCUUGAGGAGCAUCGACGUCUGGAGCAGUGGCGUGCUGAGCAGGCGAGGAUCAAGGAGGAGGAGAUUAGGAGAGAGGAAGCUGAGAGGGCGACCGGCGAAGGGGCGAGCCGAACGCAAUAA